AUGGCCAGUGAAGACCGAGGGGAAGCCGCUACCAUGCCCCCAACAAAUGGGGAGCUUCAUCCUCCAUCAGAUGAGUCCGCAGCGCCAUCGACACCUGGGAAGCGAAAGCGCCCCUCGACCCCGGAGGGAAACCCGGGCCAGACGAAUAAUAGGCCUGUCAUUAAAACCAGUGAAGAGGAGAAACUCGAACUCGACAAAAAUUUGCGCUACAUUGCUCAAAUCGCCGCCAAGGACGAUGAGCAGCUGGGCGUUUUCAAGCUUUCCCUAAUUCCCUCAUCGCCGUCAAAACCUCGAUCCAAACGUCCGAAGCUUUCGGGUGGAGAAAACAUAUCAAACAGUAUUGAAGCCCGCGUCGCCGCUGGUGACUACGGGUCAUAUCAGAACUUCUUGGAUGAUGUAGACAAAGCAUCAGCUGCUGUGGUGGAACGACAGACUACAACAGACACUACUGAGGAUACCGCUUCAUUACAAAAGCGUGUUACGGCCUUGAAGGAUCGUUUGCAAGCCCUUGUACUCCAAGCGUUAUCUCUGGGUUCUGCUCAGAUUAAGACUGAGCCUACUUCGGAUGACGUCUCGUUGCAGGACAUUCCUCGUCGGGACAAGAAAAUUUUGACCCUCUUCGGGGGCAGUUCCUCCAAUGCGAAACAGCUCUUUUCUAGCCUACAAAAAAUCGAUGGCGGUAUUUCGGAGGAGCCUGAGGCCUUCCCUGAAGACAGGUUACCGAAUGGCAUUACAACAACUCAGGCAGUUCCAUUCAACCUAGAGAUGACCGAGAAGCCGCUUAGGACAUUUGGUGAAGUAUUUGCGCCACGCCCAACUCUAGCUCAAUUAGAGCCACCGCGUCGGGGUCAGCCCUGGGCGAGAGACCCGUCUAGUGUCUGGAUAGAUCCAUUCGACGCUAUCACCAAUUUUGAUGCCGUCCUAGGACAAAGGCAUAAUUAUUCAUUCAACAAACUCCCAUCUGCUCAUUGGCUGCAUUAUGGUGGAAUCAGCUCAUCUUCUUCAUAUUGGAGUCGACGACAGAAGCAACAGAGUGACAGUGAGAAACAACAAGGGGAGGCGGAUGAUCAGUUUCCACGAAGUAUAGAUGAAGAUAUGAAUCUACUUCACGGUGCUUAUUCUUCGUUUGCUCCGACAUUUGAUAGCUCAUACUCUGUUAUACAGUCAGACGCCAAGAGCAGCCUGUGGUGGGCCAAGAAGGGCUCUAGGCGAUAUAAUACUAUUUUGGCACUCCACGAAGUUGCUCAUUUGGAUGAGGAACAACAACAGGCACUAGGUGAACUUGACGAUACUACGUUAGAAGAGGAUGUCAAAUCAUUUACUGGAGAUGUCUCGUCAAAUGUUACUCCGGAUGAAGCAGACGAAGCGAAAUCAGAAGACAAAAACGUUGAUGAGGUCCUGGAAGAUAUCUCAGAACUUUUGAAAACUCUAGACUCGUUCCGCCGCAACCGCAACCUUGAAUCUCCAAUGCAAGAUGAAUCGAAGAAUGCUGACGAUAUUGGUACGCCAAGCACACCUUCUGCCGCAGAACUUGCUACGUACGAGACCUUAAAAUCGGGUCUGGCGGCGAUAAUUUCCAAUCUGCCACCAUAUGCAGUUUCAAAGUUGAAUGGAGACCAGUUAGCCCAGUUAAAUAUAAGCCAGAAAAUAUUGGUCGACAUGCCAACCUAUAGCGGUACCAUGGAGGAGGAUGACUAUUCACUCUUGCAGAAGCGAAUAGCCGCCACCGCACCGACCGCAACGCCGUCGCGAACAGGAGCUUAUCCAACUUCAUCGGCUUAUAGCCAACGCAUGUACUCUACAGGUUCCAGGCCGCAGCAGUCUGGGGUCGGGCCACAAGGCUACUACACCGGUCGUCCAUCAGCAUCUACCCCCUAUACUCCGAGUGGCACAUCACAGCAAAGUUACGGUGGGAUUCGCCCGCAGGCGUCACCGUCGCAACGGCCGAGUAAUUUGCCCGCAUAUUCACCGGGACAGUAUCCCUCAAGGGCUACGCCUAAUGGGUAUGGACCAUAUAAUGGGCAGCUGGCUGCUUCGCCUGGGCCAAGUUAUCAACAAAACCCGGCAUAUGUUGCAGGAAGGAGUGCUUCUCCUCAAAAGCCUCAUGCAUACGCCACACCACAAAGCGCCACGCGUACAGCGUAUCUGAAUCCGGCAUCCGGAAAUGCUCAACGGUAUUACUCGCAGCAAGCUGGUCAGUCGCCUGCCAUGUAUGGAAACCGUCCCUCAGCAGCGCAGACACCCGCGCAAUACUCAAUGUCAACAAACCCUGCCUCUUAUAAUCGAAAUGCGACCGAACACGCCGCAGCGGUGGCACGACAUAAGGCUCAACUUGAUAUUCAGUCUCGCCAACGUCAACAAUCAGGCACUCCCAAUCCGCCUCAAAGUACGGUGCAAGGUACUACCACCUCGCAAGAGAGAAGUGAAAGUCCGGCCACGAAACAACCCAGUGCUACUCCUACGACGUAG